GACUGACAAUCCCGCAGCCUAAUCCAGAGAGUGAGGAUGCAUAGCAGCACUGAUAUGUGUCGAAUCAACAUCGGCUAACUACUUCUUUCGGCUGUGAUUGACAAAAGCCAACACUUUGUUCAUUCAGCCCCUCGGAGACGCGUUCGUGAAGCUGACGCCGUCGGGGUUUUAACGGUGUAAAUUCCGUCCAGACCGGGGGCUCCGCAGACGUUACGUUGGGACAAUGGAAUCUAUCCCGGAAAGUAUCCGCCCUCAGAGGCUGCAGCCAGGGAUUGGAUUCGGUUCAGGACCGACGGGGACCCUCCGCUCUUCUCUCCGGCCCGGGGUUACGGUCCCCAUCGCGCCGCUGUUGCCCUCCCCGGUCUCUCUGGCCGCUUCGUCCGGGCCUCCUCCGCCACCGCCCCCGCUGCAGCUCCACAGCCUGUACGGCGGUAUCGGAGCGGGGCUGGGGCCGGGGGCUACCGGCCACUGUAACCCGGGGAACCCGGCGGUGCUGAAGGAGGCGGUGGAGGCUGUGGUCCGCAGCUUCGCCAAACACACGCAAGGUUAUGGCAGAGUAAACGUGGUGGAAGCUUUACAGGAGUUUUGGCAGAUGAAGCUGACCAGAGGGGCGGACUUGCGGAAUGGAGCUCUAGUUGUUUAUGAAAUGGUCCCAUCCAACAGCCCUCCAUAUGUCUGCUAUGUUAGUCUUCCCGGAGGCAGCUGCUUCGGAAGUUUCCAGUUCUGUCCCACCAAAGCCGAGGCAAGGCGCAGCGCUGCCAAGAUUGCCCUGAUGAACUCUGUUUUCAAUGAACACCCCUCCCGUCGCAUCACAGACGACUUCAUUGAGAAGAGCGUCAGUGAGGCCCUGGCCUCCUUCAAUGGAAACAGAGAAGAGGCUGACAAUCCCAACACAGGAAUUGGCGCAUUUCGUUUCAUGCUUGAGUCCAACAAAGGAAAAUCCAUGCUGGAGUUUCAGGAGCUGAUGACUGUGUUCCAGCUGCUGCACUGGAAUGGGAGUCUCAAAGCCAUGAGAGAACGACAGUGUUCCCGACAGGAAGUGCUGGCUCACUACUCCCACCGGGCUCUGGAUGAUGACAUGCGCACUCAGAUGGCUGCCGACUGGGUGAACCGAGAACAGAGCGUAGCCGCCACCAUUGCGCAGGAGAUGGCGUCGACAGAGCGAGAACUGGAGGAUGCCAGGCUGGCGGGCAGAGAACUGCGUUUUUACAAAGAGAAGAAAGACAUCCUGAUGUUAGCUGUGGGCCAACUCAACGCAGCCAACACUGCCACCCUGCCCUCGCACUAAAACUACCGUCCAUUGUGGAAAUAUGCCUUCACACUCCGUAGGAUUCCUGGUAACAGUAUUGAUCUCUUCAUAGAUAUUAAGGUGAUAUUGUGCAAACGUUUAGGUUUUGUAUCUUGUGUUUUGUUACGAGGACCAGGUAAUCAGGCCUUGACUUACAAUAUGCACGUCCGUCCAUAAAACAAACACUUGCCGCUAUAGCCGUUACCUCUUUGUGCCUAGGUAUUACAGGAUAACAGUGCUUUUUAAAAAAAAAACAAAAAAAAAACCUGUAAACGUGCUUGGCAUACCAGCUGACUGACAUGGUUUUUUCAUGAUUUCAUAAGCAAAGCCUGCCUUUCAUCAGUGAAUGUACGGGACAUAAGUUAAUAUGACCCAUCAAACCAAACACAUCUGAUCAAGGUAUGGAUCGCUGAAGUUUGUUUUCUUUCAUGUUUUGGGUGUGUUUACUUGCAUAAAGUAUUUAGGACUUGGCAAGUGAAGGUGGUAAAACGUUUGUAUGAUGACCAUGAAUGAAAUAUCGCCAGAAACAGAAACAGCGAGGGGACACAAGAUCCCACCUAGCCUAACACUUCCGUAAUGGGAACACCACCUCGUUCUGCCUGAGAAUAUUGUGUAAAUAUGUGGAAAUUGCAUCCUCAAGUAAUAACAGAAUUCAAGUAAGCAUUGAAACUAAUACUUAUUGGCUCAUGUAAUCAUUUGAGGGUACUUUGCAAAAAUGUCAGCGGGUUACUGAUUACUCUGACAGCAGCUCAGGUUUUUGAAAAAUCCGAUAGUGAACCAUCACUAUGUUUUCUUUUUUUGUAUGUGUAAAGGUUUUUUCUCAAUUAUAUUAGUGUUCAUUGUAUGCCUGAUGACCAUGACACUAGCUGAAUGUAUAUUUUCAGUGUGCUAUCAACUAAAGCGUCGACAAAGCGAUGCCGCUUAACAUUUAGACUAUUGAAUUACUCUCGUGAUACAGAUUGUGUUUGUCAUGUGCUUCAUCUAGCAGAAACAUCGAAAAAGCCACACAGUGGUGAUCGGAGGUAAAAAUGUGAAGGCCAAAACAAAAAAAAGAAAAGAGUUGAGGUUUUUAACAAGCUGAUUCAUCGUGUGUGAGUCACUGCAGGCAAUACGAAACAGUACCAGCAUUUGUGGUUGUAUUUUUGCCAUACUGGAAGCAGAACUUGUUUGUUAGCAGUGCUAGUGUAUGUCCAUGGGCUAAAAACGAUGUAUGUAACUCGCACUUAUCACCUUUUUCAAAUAUUCUUAUGUUGAAGGACCUGAUUUCAUUUAUAGUGUAAAUGUGAUAUCUUUAUUUUUCUCUAUCUAAAAUGUAUUGAAUACAUUAUAAGGAUGAAGGCAUUUCAAUGAGUAGCCUUUUAAAGACCCCAUGUAAUGGAAGUGAGAGUUUAAUGUGGCUUUGGUUGGAAGGAAAUGUGGGCAGUGAGUUAUGCAAGUUAAACAGCAGGAGGGUCCAUUUCGCUGCUGAAUGCUGGAUGAUCAACAGCAGAAACUGAUUACACUAAAUUUGAGGAGGCGGCAAAUAGAAAACAAAGAAGCAGAGAUCGAGUAAGAUUAAAGCCAGAACCAGUUGUAUUGUUUUAUCACUCGGAUCAUUGUGCCUUUUAUGAAAUUGGUAGCAUGCAAUAGUUUGACAUGUUAAAAAAAAACACAAACCUUUCAUUUGUUUUAAUGAGGUCUUGAAGGGAAGUUCUACUCUGCUUAAAGAAGUUUUUGCUCAAUUCAUGUAAAGGUAAUACAUGCUAUAUUGCUGUUACAGUACCUUAAGGGAAUAGUUUGACUUUUUUUUUUUUUAUUUGCUUUCUGGCAGAGAGUUAGACAAGAAGAUCAGUCUCACUCUUCUGUCUGUCUAUAAGGCUAUAGCCAGCAGCCAGUUAGCUUAGCUUAGCAUAAAGACAAGAAACAGCCAACCUGGAUCAGAACAACGGUAAUAAAAUCCCCCGACCAGCACUCCUAAAGCUCACAAGUUAACAUGCUAUUAUCUGAUUAGUUCAAUCUGUACAAAAACCACACAAUUCGCCUUUUGUGUGGCGGACUAAGCUAUUUCUUGGUAGCUGGUAAUAUCUUCCUGGAGUUUCCACAGGUUGCCUGGCAACCGCUCAGAACCAAGAAGUAGUCCACAGACCCGUUGCUCGCGGUAACUUCAUAUUUACUCUACAGACCAGAGAUUGUUAUUCAUCUUUUCAAUCAAUCUAACUCUCCACCAAAAAGUGAAUAAGUGUAUUUCCUAAAAUGUCGAACUAUUGCUUGAAUAUGUUACAUGAUGUUUGAUUAUGAAGGAUUUAUUCAAUCUUACUACCUUUGGUAUACAUUUAUACUCAUGAUAUAUUGUUUGUUUGGUACUCAGCUUGCAAAAUAUGUGUGCAGCACAAGUAAGAAAAUGUUUCUAUGUAAUUUUGUGUUCUUUGCAAACACCCUGCAGCUUUCUCCAGUAGAUACUGAAAAGUUUAAAUAGACCUUUGAAUCUUUGAACACUUUGACCUCACAAUUCUGCAGCGCUCACGUUUCUUUUCCCCACGUUUCUUCCCCUCUUCUCCCAGAAUCUCAUCUGCAGAUACAUUUUCUGUACUAAUCAGUGAUUGUAUGGACUCAUGAACCAAUUUCCAGUCCGACUCAAGAACAAACUAUACUCGUCCACUCGUGCUAAAGCUAAAAAGGAAAUAAAAGAGAAAAACUUGAUGAGUAUUUGAAUGAGCUGGUUACAGCAAUGAGGCUGGACAUCUUGAAUUGUAUGUUUUUGCAUUUCUUCUUUCUUCUAAUUUAGAUGCUUACUAUGUGUCUGACCACAAGCCAUUAAUCUCAGAGCUCAUUUCUUACAGAUGCCUUUGACCUUUCUUUGUGAGCAUUAUCAGUGAAGGCUUUUUCAACUUUUUCUUUCUUUUUUUUGCUAUCCGUUUAAGACUUGGACUUUUCAUCUUUUGGCUUUGAUGCAUGAUGUGCUGAUUAAGUUUUGUUUUUAUAUGUUUCAUAUUCUAUACAGUAUUGUUUUAUAAAGUGUUUCCCAAGGCCCUUAUUGUAUGUAUUUUCUAUGAGCAUUUUGUAUUCCAUGUUUAUACUUUUAGUAGAUUUAUAUGAUGUAAUAAAUGGGCUCAUACAGAUGUUAAUUAAAAA